CAGUGUCUUUAGGAUGAUAUCCGGGGAGCGGUCGGUGUCAUGUAACAGGUGGAACAGUGGGAAAACGCAACACCCUACCAAUAUGAAGAGUGAUGUAUGUGUCCAGAGUACCAAUGACUUCAGUGCUCUCAGCAAAGCUUCUGCCUCAGCCUUGGGGUAUUUUCAAGAUACAUUUCAGAAAUAUUUUGUCAGUCGGGCAUGUAGGAGAUCUCCCUUAAUCCACAGGGGUUACUAUGUGCGCUCCCAAGCUGUCGGCCUCUGUUUGGAGGAAUUUCUACAGGAUACACAGGGAUCUCCCCACAUACAGGUGCUGUCUCUGGGAUGUGGCUCUGACUCUCUAUAUUUCCGUCUGUGCGGGGAGCAGGCUUCUGAGGCGCUGUGUGUGUGGGAGGUGGACUUCCCAGCUGUCGUCCGCAGAAAAAGUAAUUUGAUUGAACAGACAGAAGCCCUCAGAGAUCUGCUUGGAUCCUAUGAGAUAAACCCCACGACUGGCGAGCAGGGUGGCCCUGUCUUGUCUGCUCAGCAUUAUAAGCUUCUUGGUGUGGAUCUGAGUGAUGUUUCUGGACUGGAGGCAGUGUUGGGAAAUGCUGGUUUCAGGUGGGAUUGCCCCAGUCUCAUACUGGCAGAGGUGGUCCUAUGCUAUAUGGACCCUGCACGAUCGACAGCCCUGAUUGGCUGGGCAGCAAAUCGCUUUGGGAACGCGCGCUUUGUUUUGUACGAGCAAUUUGGCCCCGGUGAUCCCUUUGGACGAGUUAUGAUGAGUCACUUUGUGUCACUGAACUCGGCACUGCACUCGGUGACCGUGUAUCCCCAUCUGCAUGAUCAGAGGAAGAGGUUCCUCCAAGAGGGCUGGGUGCAGUGCAGAGUGAUGGAUAUGAAUGAAUUCGCUUUAACCACCAUUUCUGAUGCAGAGAGUCAGCGCCUUGAAGCCCUGGAGCCUUUUGAUGAGUUUGAGGAGUUUCAUCUGAAAUGCUCUCAUUAUUUCAUUCUGGUGGCAUCCAGCGGGAGUCUGGCAGACACUCCAGUCAUGCGUCAUAAAUAUUCUGACACAGCUCAUUCUCCAACCCUCAUUCCUUGUGCAUCCUUACUGGUCUAUCCUUUGCCAGAGACGCUUCGGGGCAUGCGUAGGUUUGGCCACCGUUCUUGUUAUGUCUCUUCUGAUGUUAUCGUGAGCACUGGUGGUUUUGGAGAAGGGGGUGGAAAACACCAGAGAUUAACAGACAUCCACCUAUUGAGACAUGGCGGAGAAACCUGGGACACGGAGACGACUGUCACAAAGUGGGAUGGACGCUUGCUCCACACUCUCACUCCUCUCUCGGGUGGGGGAGGCAUCUUGGUUUUGGGUGGUCGUUUGUCUCCUUCACGUGCUGCUAUUGGAGCCCUGAUACUAACAUAUGAGGAAAGAACACAGUCCGUGAUGGUGGUGCAGCGAGAUCUGCAGCCUGAGAUCCUGCGCUGGAGACAUACCGCCACCGAGGUGUCUCUUUGCGAUCAGUUUUAUGUGUUUAUCUUUGGUGGUCGUUCUGUGGCAUCGAAGACUCUCCAGGGGCCAUUAUUUCUUCAUCCACAGAGUCUGAGCUCAGUCGAGAUACCGAUACUGGGGUCCAGCCCGUCAGGACGUCAUUCUCACAGCUCCUCUGCCUGGAGUGGGGGGGCAGUAAUAUCAGGAGGCCUUCUGAGCUCUGGGGUUCCCAGCGGCUCCAUCGCACUCAUGAGACCCUCUGGCUCCCGGUUUCAGUGGGAGAAGCUGACCAUUACUCCUCCGCUUACACCCAGGUAUUCCCACUCUUCUCACGUUGUUGGCAACAAACUUCUUCUUGUUGGAGGAGUUUGGAUGCUCUGCGAUUCGGUACCUGGAUUGGCCAUUAUAGAUCUGACCACCGGACAUUGUGCUGAAUACCAGAUAAACACUUCUUUGCUGGAGUGGCCCUUGAUGUUACAUGGACACAGCUCUGUAGUGAUUCAGGACAGAAGGCAUCUGCUGCUGCUAGGAGGAGGGGGGACAUGUUUCUCUUUUGGAACCCACUUUAACUCACAACCUGUUCUUCUGGAGCUGCCACGUGUCCUAUGACCAGACAGAAUUCAUUCAGUGUCUGUCUGACCCUAAUGCUGCUUACAUGCCCUUCUCAGCUGCACCGGGGUCAAGGAGUUUUUGGCUGAGUGCGAGCUCUGUACGUCAUGCCCAUGCUUGGUGAUCAUGUCCGGGCUCUGAAUCAGUACAUCUGCAUGCUGUGAAAACAGUAAAUUGUUUGUGACCUGACAUAGAACUGAUUAGAAUUUAUUCUUCUCCAUCAUGUCGCAAACCGAGAUGUUGAUAGCUCCAGGAACAUGCUGGGUUUCAGUGCCCCUUAAUAAAAACCACCAUGGUACCAACA